AUGGGAAUUCCAACCACCCAGGGAGUCGUGGAUGUACUGAAGCAGACCCCGGCUGAUAUUGCCAUACUGGUCCCUUCAGUUGUGGCAGAGCUCGCCCAGAAUUUGGCCCUGCCCGACUAUUGUGCUGCCCAUCUACAAGCCAUUCUCUAUAUUUGGGGCUACUUACCGCAAGCGCUGGAAGAUCGUGUGGCAGAGAAGAUCUACCUGCGUUGUCUCUGGGGUUCCAGCGAGACUGCGAUCGUUCCGCAGCUACUGCUGCCAGAGUUGUUGCCCUCUGAGCGCUCAAGCAGAAACUUGUGGAGGUAUAUACGGUUCUCACCCUGGACUGGCGCCGCAUUUGACAGGCAGACCGGGAACACAUACGAGCUUGUAUUUGGGCGUGACAAUGUUCAGAUAGAAAACCAGCCCUGCUUUGCCGUCAGGGGCUCGAGAAGACCAAAUGACACAGAUUAUCGGACAAAGGACCUUUUCGAGCCCCAUCCGACGAUCCCCGACUUGUGGUGCUGGCGAGCCAGGCUCGACGAUAUUAUCGUCUUCCUCAACAGCGAGAAGACCAACCCAGUCUCUGUGGAGCACGAAAUCGUCGCUAGCAACCCCGAGCUGAGCGGAGUCCUUGUCCCCUUGACUACGGCUGAACAAGCGACGCUGACUGAGCGCGUUGGGCCGAGCGUGAAGAGGGAGAAUCAAUCUGCUCCUGCGCAUGCCCGAGUGGAGAAGUCGUUAAUCCUCGUCGGUUCACCCGACCGUAGAUUCAUGCCUGCCGGAAAGGGCACUCUUAUGCGCGGCCCCAGUAUCAGCCAGUAUGCCGAGGAGAUUUAUGUCAUGUACGCAGCUGCAGACAUGGCAGAAUACGAGGAGGAGGAAGCACCUGAGGCCGACUUUGCUGCAGCUACCAGGGUUCUGAUGAAUUGCGACGAUGACAUGCAGGAUAAGAUGGAGACCUUAGAGGAGCUCCUUAAUACCUACCGGGAGCUUAUCCGCAAGAUCCCGAGCUUCGAUGCUGCGGAACUUCCCAAGAAUGGCCUCGAUGAACGUGUCGAGUUCUUCCAAGCCAGUCUUGAGCAGCCUUCACUCGGUCUGAGUAUAGACACAUAUAGGCGCUUGGGCACAUAUGUUGGUCUCAUCAUUCAUGCGGCGUGGCCUGUCAACUUCAAUCUCCCACUUUCUGCCUUCCGGCCUCAAUUUGCCAGGCUGGUGAACCUUCUCACCUUUGCUACCUCUACAGACACUAUUACCAAAUUCGUGUUCAUUUCCUCUAUAUCCGCUGUCGAGGCAUACAAAGAUGGACCGGCACCAGAGGCAGUUCUCACGGGUCAGCCAACGGUUGCAGCAUCCGUUGGCUACGCUCGCUCGAAUUACCUUGGCGAGGUACUCGUCGGUGAUGCCGCCCACCACUUGGGAGCUCGUGUCCUCACGACAGUCAUCCGCUUGGGCCAGGUCAGAGGGCCAGUUCUCCGACCAGGUCUCGGGAACAUGCGGGAAUGGUUUCCCAGCAUGAUCCUGAGCUCCCUCCACCUCGAACAGGUAGAAGUCCUGGCGGAUCUCGCGCUGGCGACUGGAGGGGAUCAACCCACCGAGAAGUGUCCUUUGGUCUUCAACAUCCGCAACCCGCAACUAACGCACUGGAGAGAUUUGAUCCCGGCUGUCGUUGAGGCCGGAGGCCUUGUUGGUUGGCCAGAAGAAUAUACAAAUCGUUCCACCAGCGACAUGGCUGGCUAG